AUCGUUCUAAUGCCGCUGUGAGUGUGUGCAUUUUUUCUCUCUCUAAAGUUUCUCUCUCUACCCUCGAAGCGAUUGUGGAGCCCAAAUUGGUCCUUUGCUUUGCUGGCUUCAAGCUCUCCAUUGCUGUGUUCUUAAUGGGGUUUGUCGACUGAGAGAGGCCAGAGUUUCAGUUGGCCCAAUCAACAAAUUGUUGUUCAUUGACAAGUUGUUUUCACUUUCUCUGUCAUCCACUCCGUUCUUCAAUCACCUCCAUACUCAGAGAAGAGAGAGAACAAAAACAAUCAAAACCCAGUUCAAUUAUUCUCUGAUUUGAUGGAUCCAAAGAUCUAGCUGUCUCACUUUCAGAUCUUCCCUCCCUUCAAUUGCAAAGGAAUUAGGUUUUUGUUUUUCUACAUUCAGAGUUGGACCUUCUGGAUUUGAGUUUGCUGACCAAACAGUUGCUGAGAAAAAGUGAAUUUGACCACUUUCCGCUAGUGUUGAUUUUUCAUUAUUAUCGGCUGUUGUCGUCAUCAAUUUUCUGUUUCAAGAAGAUAUAGAGAUGUGUUUUCACAUACAAAGCCUAUAGUUUUAUUGUCUGCUGACUUGACCAAAUAGGGUGGAUUGAUUUUGUAUAUUUUUCUAUACGAUCCGUUAGGUUGUGAUUGUUACAAAUUAUAAUUUUGUGCGGUUUCGUGUGUGUAUGUGUUUUUCUGUUAGUUAGUGCUGCUGUUGUCGUCGUAGACUCGUAGUAUAUAUAUGUAUUUUCUUGUGGAGUAGAGGAAGGAACACUUUCCAAUUGAGGUUUGUUUGGGUCAAAGUUAUUUGGUAUUAUUAGAUGUGGAAAUUUGGAGGGUGGUUUGGGUGAAAUGAGGUAUGUUCUCUGCGUUAAUGAACUUUUUGAGGGCCUGUUUUCGACCAAGUUCGGAUCGGCAUGUUCACAGGGGGACGGAUACUGGUGGUCGUCAAGAUGGGCUCCUUUGGUACAAAGAUACAGGACAACACUUUAAUGGUGAGUUUUCAAUGGCUGUAGUUCAAGCUAACAAUUUGCUAGAGGAUCAGAGUCAAAUUGAAUCAGGCUGCUUGAGCACACAAUACUCUGGGCCGCAUGGCACCUUUGUUGGGAUUUACGAUGGGCAUGGGGGCCCUGAGACUUCACGUUACAUCAAUGCUCACCUCUUCCAUCAUCUCAAGAGAUUUACUUCCGAGCAACAAUCCAUGUCAGUUGAGGUAAUACGGAAGGCAUUCCAAGCAACAGAAGAGGGUUUCAGCUCUCUUGUUACUCAACAAUGGCCAAUGUCACCACAGAUUGCAGCGGUUGGAUCAUGCUGCCUGGUUGGUGUUAUCUGCAAUGGCACCCUUUACAUUGCCAAUCUUGGUGAUUCCCGUGCUGUUUUGGGGAGACUUGUCAAAGCAACAGGGGAGGUUCUGCCCAUUCAGCUCUCAGCAGAGCACAAUGUGGCUAUAGAAUCCGUGAGACAGGAGCUGCAUGCUUUGCAUCCAGAUGACUCACAAAUAGUAGUUUUAAAGCAUAAUGUUUGGCGUGUGAAGGGCAUUAUACAGAUUUCAAGAUCUAUUGGUGAUAUUUAUUUAAAAAAAGCUGAGUUCAAUAGAGAACCUUUAUUUGCCAAGUUUCGCCUCCGCGAACCUUUGAGAAGGCCAGUAUUGAGCGCUGAACCAUCAAUUUCGGUGCACCAACUCCAGUCGCAUGAUCAAUUUAUUAUAUUUGCAUCAGAUGGUCUUUGGGAGCACCUUAGCAACCAGGAAGCAGUCGAUAUAGUUCAAAAUCAUCCACGCAACGGAAGUGCUAGGAGAUUAGUGAAAGCUGCACUGCAAGAAGCAGCAAAAAAGAGAGAAAUGAGGUAUUCGGACUUGAAGAAGAUUGACCGGGGGAUCCGUCGGCAUUUCCAUGAUGACAUCACUGUGAUUACCGUCUUUCUUGACUCAAAUCUGGUGAGCAGGGCUAGCACAGUCAAGAGUCCCAACCUAUCUGUGAAAGGGGGCGGAGUAAGCCUGCCUCACAACACUCUUGCCCCUUGCACUACCUGAGGAAGAUUUUUCUAAUGUUAUUAUUAUCUGUUGUACUAUUCUCUUGUGUGAAUACCAGGUAGCUUCUAAAAGUUAAGAACACCCUUCAAUUCUUUAAUGUACACUGUAACCUGUAACUGAGAUCUAACACUUGGCUUUUGUCUAUAAGCCCAAGAAAAGAGAACUUCACGAUAACAAUCAUGAUAGUUAUGCCCUUGGGGCAAUUAAUUCUUUUGAUUUCUUUGUUUCCUGUUGUUAUGCCUUUUCUUUUGUAGUAUCAGCUUUUGUAAAUAAUCAAUUUGGUAAUCUAAAAAUCUCUUUGUUUGGUCCUUA